CCAGACCUCGGCAGCCUCAUGGGGAUGCAAAGACCCCCCCUCACCCCUGCCAGGGACAGCCUUCCAGGAGCGUCCACCUGCCCUCUGGGCUUCUUGUGGAUUGAAGCUGUGUGUCCUUGAGCAAGUUGCUGACCCUCUCUGAACUUCGUUUCCUCGUCCUAAAUAGAUGACGGCUGGACCCUCUGCCAUUGUGUUGCCUCGAGGAUAAGAAACCCACCGCGGAGCAAGUGCCUGAGGGUCCCGGCUUUUCGGAGCCCGGGGGCGGGGCCUGGGUACGAGGGGCGGGGUCUCGGUGCUGAGGGCGGGCCCUGUACUCCCAAGUCCAGGCCCAUCAAGGGUGGCUCGCCGCUCGACGUGCUCGGCGCUCCCGCGGGGCCUGCUCCGCGAUCGGCCGGCCGUCCUGCGUACGGCGCGUCGCGCUGGGAGCGUCUGGGUGCCGCCAUCAUGUCGACGGCUAUGAACUUCGGGUCCAAGAGUUUCCAGCCGCGUCCCCCGGACAAGGGCAGCUUCCCGCUCGAUCACUUCGGUGAAUGUAAAAGCUUUAAAGAGAAAUUCAUGAAGUGUCUCCGGGACAAUAAUUUUGAAAAUGCUUUGUGCAGAAAUGAAUCAAAAGAGUAUCUGGAGUGCAGGAUGGAAAGGCAACUGAUGGCACAGGAACCCCUGGAAAAGCUGGGAUUUGGAGAUUUGAUUGAUGGGAAGUCAGACAAAAACUGAGCUGUGCCAGGGGGAAGCCUGCAACUGUGUGGGGUUGUCCGGACUCCUGCCGCCCCAGCAGCGUGUUCGUAGGUACCGAGGCUCAGAAGGGGACUGUGGGGGUGCCCGCGAGAUGCCACUUGGAACCAUGCCAGACGCCCCUCCCUGGUGGAUGUGCCUUGAGGCUAGGAAAUGGGUCGUCUUCUGAAGCUCCCGAAAGGAUUUUGGAAAAGUGGUGUCCCUUUUGGAUCCCUGUUUCCCUCAGGCUUGUGAAGGUUUAUCCUAAGCUCGCGUGGGUGGCAGGGCCCCUGGGGAGGUGAGGUGCCAGAUUGCGUCUGCCCACUGAGAGGGCACUGUGGGCGCCAGUGAGCUGCUGGGUUCAUGUCACAGGUUGUGUGUGUCCUUUCUGUGCUGGUAGCGUUCACCUCAGCUCAUUACGUAGAAGUGACGUAGACGUCAGGAAGACGUUCCUAGCAAGUGGGUUGCUCUUUGUACUCAUAGCAUAUACUCUGUUCAUUUCCUUUUUUGCCUUUUUUUUUUUUUUAAACAAAAACAGUGGAUAAGCCUGGAAGGGGAAACUGGCUUUUGAGUGUCUGACCUCUUGAUUUUUUUCUGGUGAUGCCUGAGCACCACGUGUCUUUCUGAUCCGUACUGGGUGGCACUGCACAGUCAGAUGUUUAGUUUCAAGGAGUCCUCUGCUGUGACCGAGGAGCGGGCCGUCUGCCCUUGUCAGGCGGGCAUGCAGCGCCCUCUGGCGCCUCUCCUCUGAGGAGCGGCCGAGCCUACAGCCAGCCCCGCUUCUUGGCCGUGAGGGGUCAGGGCAGCUGGGCCCGAGUGCUGUCAGAUCCCAGGGUGCAGACCCCAGGGCAGUGUUUCUGGGGCGCCUUGUGUAGGUUCAGAACCUCAGUGGAGACCCUGGCCCUGCCCUGUGACUGCUUCCCUGGGCCCCAGUCAGCUGAGUUUUGUCCCAGUGUGGCCAGUGGGAGGGGGUGCCAGGAAUACCCAGGUGAGUGCCCUGACCCCCUCCUGCCUGGUGGCCCAGGCCAGCUGUGGGGAGCCCUCUCGCCUCCCCGGCCACAUCCAGUUGUCUGCGUGGCGUCCCUCCUUCGGUCCUGCGGGCAGCCGUGCUCACUCAGGCCCUGCCCUUGCUCCCUCCAAGACCGGCCGUCUGUCGGGGGCUCCGGCCCCGCUGGCCCCAUGGGGGUCUAGCCCCGGCGCUCCAUCUGUGCUUUGUCACUGUGCAGCAUUGUCUCUGUCUACGCUUCCAGCUAGUUUAUGAAAAGCCUUGCUUUUCAUCACCAAAGUGAGCCAUGGAAGUAUCCAUUGUGACAUUUCACAUGUACAGGGUUAUUCAUUGCAGCAUUGUUUGUAAUUGUAAAGCGUUGGGGUGACCCGGCCACCUGUGCUUGUUCCCGAGGCAGGGCCCUGGGCGGCUGCAGGAAGGGCUGGGGGAGACCACAGUGUGCCCUGCAUGGCCCUGCAGGUGGUGUGAGAGGGAACUCGGGGCCCAGAAGGCAGCGUGGCGGGAGAGGGCCUUGGGUAGAGAAGCAGACAUACAGAAGUGUGUGCAGAAGCGUGUGCAUGCACCCGUCUGUGUUCAUACGGACAUCCCUUCGCUCUGGGUCCUGGGGGCCUGGGGGACCCCUGGCAGUGAGGGGCUUGCCUAGUGUCUGACUCUGAUUUGAGCCUCUCUCCAGCAGGAAGACCCAGGGCCAGAAAGUGCAUUUGACCCUGGACCUUCUUGUGUCAGACAGUAAGGAGUUGCUGAAGCCUUGGUGGACUUGUCGGGAGCGUGCGACAGGGCUCCCAGUGGCCUAGUUGGCAGCAGCAGGAACGACUGUUAGGCUUUGGCCACAGCAUCAGUUCCUGCCUGGGAGUCCCUGCUGAGGGAGUCACGAGUGGAGUAAAUGUUCCAGCGAAGGAAGGGGACAGCCCUCCUCCCAACCCUGGCCUGUGUGGAAGCACGGGCCUUCCGGGCAUCGGUGUGUCUGGAGGUGGGUGGGCAGUGUUAGGUGGAGCGGGUUUGCCUGUUCUGGAGGACGCCCCGGAAAGCACUCAACCAACAGCCGAAACCUCGGGGAUGUUGCCCACGGCACCUGCCCUGAUCUGCCCCAAGGAGGAGGCGUCGCUGCUCUUUUCUCUGAGCGCGUCACCUCCGUCUCUGAGGACACACCGAUGUGCCCGGCCCGGGGGCCAAGCCUGGUGUGAGGACCCGCCGUGCCUUCCCCGAGGACGGGCGAGGGGCUGCUCCUGGGGCUGCGGGUCGGUCACAGCGUAUCGUGCCCGUGCACAUGGUGUCGUCGGGAGAAGCGGGCACACUGGCCUGCUGCAACUUCUGGAGGUCUGGAGUUAUUUCAAAAUAAAGAAUUUAAAAAAUG